AUGUCUUCAUUUACCGUUUUUUUAAUAUGUGCACAAGUGUAUUUUAUUCAGAAUGCCUACUGCCAGUGUUUGGGCACCGGACUUGGCUUGGGGUAUGCUCCGGCUAUUGUAGCUGAAAAUGAGAUCGGUUGCGGAGCCACUCUUGCGGCGGAUUUAGCUUACGGUCCCGGCUUUGCUCCUGGCCUUGGAUACGGAUACGGAUACGGUCUCGCUGGUCCAGCUGUUAUGGCAGGUCCCGCUGCGUAUGGUACAGGUCCGGCUUACGGCGGUACUGGUAUAGGAGAGGUAGCGGCCACCGGCGAGAUGCCAGUCGCCGGUACUACUCUUGUCGCAGGUCAGGUGCCCAUUCUUGGUGCCGUGCAGUUCAGGGGUGAAGUUCCUGCUGGUGGUGUGGUAUCCAUAGCAGGAAGAUGUGGCUGUGGUUGCGGUUGUAACGGACCUUAUGCAGCGUAG